UAAUCUGUGACUGAGACGUUUAUUCAAAUUUGAAAAUCAAUUUAUAUUACUCUGUUGAAAAUCAUCAAACUUGUGAACAUAGAAUUUAUUUUGAAACAUAUUCAUUUGAUUGUUUUUAGUAAGUAUUGAUACAUACUAAAAAAUCUGGCGAUAUGGAUUAUUCCACUAUUAGCAAUAAAACUAAUUUAACAGAAGCAGAAGAUUUAACUGGUGGUGAGUUAAACGAGCGUUAUUAUUUACUUAAAAAACAAUAUGAUAAUUUAUCCUCUAACUUUGAGGCGAUCAAACAGGAAUUACAUGACACAAGACGAAGUUAUCAAACCGCUCUGGAUGUUCAGAGUCAUUUAAAUACAGAACUAGAGACGUACCAGGCAGAAGAGGAGAGACGUAAGAAUGAACUUUUGUCUCGAAUAUCAACCCUCCAAGAAGAAAUAUCUGCAUUACGAUCUGAGCGAUCUCAAAUAUCGGACCAAAACGCUUUAGAAAUAAGGAAGUUAGAAGCUGAAAACCUUCGUUUAAGAGAGGAACAAGCAGUGGUAGCUCGUAAGUCACCAGAGCGUGAUAACAAAGAAGUUGAUGAAAUUCGAUCGAAAUUAUCAUCAGUUACGUCAGAAGCUGCUUCAGCGAAAGCGGCGCUGGAACAAGCUAAGGCUGAAAUCUCUUCAUGGCGUAUGAAAGUCGAGGAGUUGGUGUCAGAGAUUGGUGAAUUGCGUGCUGCUGCUGAUAUAAGAAGGGAGGAAAUCAAAUCGGUUGUGGAACGGGAAGCUGCGGCGUUGGCCGAUCUGGCUGAAGCGAGGGCUAUGCUGCAUCAAAUUGAUACACCAGACUUGCAACCACAUGCUGCAAAGGGGAAUUCAAUAUUUGCAGAAGUAGAAGAUAAGAGACAGGAAAUGGCAAAAAAUCUUAUUCAAAUGAAACAAAGCAACGCAAGAUUACGUCGCGAUCUGGCAAACAAGCAAGCGGAAGUUGAGGCUCUCCUGCAUGAGAAGAAUACAAUUUGGGAGCAACAGGUUGGAGCUAGUGCCCACUAUGACAGAGAAUUAAUUGAGAGCUACGAAGACCGCAUCACCCAGCUGGAGGCGCUGUGCGAGCGGCAGCGCCGCGAGCUGUGCCGCUGGUUCGGCAAGCUGUGCGAGCCCGCGGCCAACGGAUGGCUGCCAGGGGUCUUGGACCAUUUGAAGACGGAAUGCGAGAAACUCAGAGCUGAGGUGUUAUCCCAAGGUGCUGCCCAACUGGCCAGUGCGGCGCAAGUGAGGGAAUUACGUAGGAAAAUAGCCCUUCUCACAGCAAACAGUCACAAGCAGUCGCCUGUACAAGCUAUUGAUGAUAAGGACGAGAUUGGCGUGCUCAAGCCCUUCAGGCCGAUUGAUAUUAAGAAAGUUGAUGAUGUUAAGAAGAAAGUGUCGUUCAAUUGAUUUAUCAUAAUUAAAAAAAAAGGGUUUUGUUACUAUGGACAGUGAUUCAUGUAGAAGACGAUUUAAAUAGUAGUAUAUUACAAACAAACAAACAAAAUCACUUGAUAAUAAAAAGUAAAAUAAUAAAUAAAAUUAAUAAUGUUUUAUGGUUGUCAAUCCAGCUUGUAAUAUGAUAUAAAGCCUAUAUUUGUGUUCAUAUUCAUUAUUUAUUUAAAAAUAAACUUCAUCUUAUUAAUUUGUCUAAAAUGAAAGUCAAGAAAGAAUAAUUUAUUUUUUUUCUGGUGGGACCAAACAAUAAAAUCGAACUUUAAUGUGAUAUUAUGUAAAUAUUUAAAUAAAAAUAAUUAAAAGUACAUA